AUGAAGUGUCUAAUUCUUGCUUUCAUUUGCCUCCACCUCUCAGAGGGGAUUGUUAAAGUCCCCCUGAAGAGAUUCAAGUCCAUGAGAGAGGUGAUGAGCGAGCAUGGUAUCAAAGCCCCAAGAGCUGAUCCAGCUUCAAAGUAUUACAACCAGUUUGCCACUGCUUAUGAGCCUUUGGCAAACUACAUGGACAUGUCAUACUAUGGAGAAAUCAGCAUUGGUACACCACCUCAGAACUUCCUGGUUCUGUUUGACACUGGAUCCUCUAACUUGUGGGUAGCCUCAACCUAUUGUCAGAGCCAGGCAUGCAACAAUCAUCCUCUGUUCAACCCAAGCCAGUCCUCCACCUAUUCCUCAAACAACCAGCAAUUUUCUCUGCAGUAUGGAACUGGAAGCUUGACUGGAAUCCUGGGAUAUGACACUGUCACCAUCCAAAAUAUAGCUAUUUCUCAGCAAGAGUUAGGAUUAAGUGUGACUGAGCCUGGAACCAACUUUGUGUACGCUCAGUUUGAUGGAAUCCUGGGUCUGGCUUAUCCAUCUAUUGCCGAGGGAGGAGCCACCACUGUGAUGCAGGGAAUGAUCCAACAGAAUCUCAUUAAUCAGCCUGUGUUUGGUUUUUACCUUAGUGGACAGGAGAACACCCAGAGUGGUGGAGAAGUAGUUUUUGGGGGAGUUGAUCAAAACUACUACUCAGGACAAAUCUACUGGACUCCUGUCACCUCUGAAACUUACUGGCAAAUUGGAAUCCAAGAGUUCUCCAUCAAUGGACAAGCUACUGGAUGGUGUAGCCAAGGAUGCCAGGGUAUCGUAGACACUGGAACUUCCCUGCUGACUGCUCCUGAAGAUAUCGUCUCCACCCUCAUGCAAGACAUUGGUGCACAACAAGAUCAGAAUGGAGAUUAUGCCGUGAGCUGCAGUUCCAUACAGAAUCUCCCCACAAUUAGCUUCACCAUUAGUGGAACUUCUUUUCCACUUCCACCAUCUGCUUACGUUCUUCAGAACAAUGGAUACUGCACCAUUGGUAUUAUGUCGAUGUCCCUGCCUUCUCAGGAUGGGCAGCCACGAUGGAUUCUUGGUGAUGUCUUCCUCAGGCAGUACUACUCUGUAUAUGAUCUGGGCAACAAUCAAGUUGGUUUUGCUGCUGCUGCAUAA